AUGCCGCUAAACCCUGUUAGGCAAACCACCACCCGUCAAAACUAUGUUAAGCCCGCAAUAUUGUCAGAGAGACACACGGUCAAUUAUUAUCACAAAGAAGCACCAAUUGCCAAGUCCAGACCAAUUACCAAACUACCCAAAAGAACUGUUCAUAGGGCGUCAAUGGCCUCGCAAAAACAGCAGCACGCCUCUGGGGCGGUCGCGGGCAAACUCUGGGGGGGCAGAUUCUCAGGGGCUACCGAUCCAUUGAUGGUUGCCUACAACGAGUCCAUAUAUUUCGACCGGGCAUUUUACGCUCAAGACAUUGCGGGCUCCAUCGCCUUUGCACGAGCAAAUAUUGCAACUGGAAUUCUAACCAAGGACGAGUUCGCUUCGAUUGAGAACGGAUUGAAGCAGGUACUGGAGGAAUGGCGGACGAAUACCUUUAAAAUAGCUCCUGGAGUAGACGAGGAUAUUCAUACGGCGAAUGAACGCAGACUGGGGGAAAUCAUUGGCAAGGAAAUUGCCGGAAAGCUCCAUACUGGUCGUAGUCGGAAUGACCAGGUCGCGACCGAUUUGCGUCUGUGGCUUCGGGACGAGCUGCGCGUGGUCGAAACCUACCUGGUCGAGCUGCUGAAGGUCAUCGCAGAGCGUGCGGAGAGUGAUAUCGAAUAUGUCAUGCCCGGAUAUACCCACCUACAACGUGGACAGCCUGUUCGAUGGAGCCAUUGGAUGCUUAGUUACGGUACCUCUUUCUUGAAUGACCUCGAGCGCCUACGAGAGGUUAUCAAACAUGUCAACCGGAGCCCUCUUGGCUGCGGAGCUUUGUCGGGGAAUGCGUUUAACAUUGACCGGGAAGCGAUGGCUCAGGAACUGGGCUUUGAUGGGCUCAUUCACAACAGCAUGUCAGCUGUUGGAGAUCGGGAUUUUAUACUGGAAACAAUGCAGUGGGGAUCGACACUGAUGUUGCAUAUUUCCCGCUGGAGUGAGGAUCUUAUUAUCUACAGCACAACUGAAUUUGGGUUUGUCCGGUUGUCGGAUGCCUACACGACGGGAAGCUCCUUAAUGCCGCAGAAGAAGAACAGUGACUCCCUUGAGCUCCUGCGAGGCAAAUGUGGUAGAAUAUUCGGUGGCAUGGCCGGUCUCAUGAUGACCAUCAAGGGAAUUCCUUCGACAUACAACAAGGACCUUCAAGAAAGCGUCGAGCCGCUCCUCGAGCACAUCAAGACUCUAAAGGACAGCUUACUCAUCGCAACCCGUGUGUUGUCAACCCUAACUGUAUUCCCUAACAAAAUGCUGGAGGCAUUGACUCCCGAUAUGCUGGCCACUGAUCUGGCGGAAUAUCUUGUUCGAAAAGGUGUUCCCUUCCGCGAAACCCACCACAUCGCCGGCCGCGUUGUGGCGCUUGCAGAAAAAGGGGGGAUCCCCAUGGACAAGCUGACAAUUGCACAACUACAAGCUGUUGACAACCGAUUUGGAAACGAUGUGUUGGAAGUGCUUGAUUAUGAACGGUCUGUGGAGAUGAAGUCGGCUAUUGGCGGGACGAGCAAGUCUGCUGUUCUGGAGCAAAUUGUGACGCUUCGCAAGGCCCUUGGAGGGGCAGAGUAG